AUGUCUACCCCAGAUCGUCAAGAACUUAUCAACAAUGCGACCCAAGCAUCGCCUGUAACCCAAAGAAUACAGUUCUUGGAGGCAAAGGGGCUAUCACCACAAGAAAUUGACCUGGCCAUGAAGCAGGCUGCUUUUGCAGGCUCGAGUCGUGUCCAAUACGCAAACCAAUACUCUCCCAAUCCAUAUGCUGUUGCACCUUUGCCACGACAGCGUUGGGAUUGGAGAGACUACUUCCUCAACGAGAAACAGAUCACUGCUGUGGUUUCUGGAGCAGUGACAUACAGCGCAGUGACAUUAUUUAAGAAGUACCUGCUGCCCCAUCUCCAACCUCCAACCUCUACCGCUUAUGAAGAAGACCGGGACGCGCUUACAGCUCAGUUCGAUGCAGCGGAAGCCCUACUGAAAGAGAUUCAAAACGAAACCGCGGCUGUUCGAGCUGCAGUUGAAGAACAAAAGGACCGGAUUGAUCAGACUACUGAAGAUGUCAAGGCGGUUGUAGUGGAGUUAAGAGACGGUGAAAGCAAGACGCGUGACGAAAUGCGCGAAAUACGCGAAGAAGUCAAUAACAUCCGCGAGAUGCUGCCCAAGAUGAUAGAAAAGAAUAAAGAGUCCCAGAAUCAAUCGCUGGCCGAACUGCAACAGGAGCUCAAGUCUCUGAAAGCUCUGCUGCUAAGUCGUGCGCCAACAUCAGCCACAAGCACGCCUUCAUCUCCAUUGCCCUUGUUGGGAAGACCGUCAAUACCAGCUUGGCAAUUAGCUACUUCUCCUCAGCCCGGUGGAAAUGAAACAUCUGUAUCGACAUCUGCCUCUUCCUCUUCAACCACUCCUUUUGCAUCUAAUACCAACGGCAAAGGCAAGGAGGCAGAGUAG